AUUCCUGCAUGUGAAUGUAGGCUAGCUGUGCGCAGUAUGCGUGGGGUGGUUUCUUCCAUCUCGGGAGAAUAUGUCUAUGAUGUUAAAUAACCGUGAAAUACCGACUUAUAAUAUGUAUUUGCCGUUCGUGUCGUGAAGAACAACAAGGUUUGCAGUUACAGUCUAGUUGCAGAGCCGUCGUCUGGGUGGGCAAUCGCUCGAGCUCAGGAAAUUCGUUGGCUGCUGACUGCCGCAUUUGGAUUGCUAAGCCAGCAGUUUGGGGAAGAAUUGUAUCUUUACGCUAUUCAACUCAGACGAUCAACCAUGGCUGGCCCCGAAGCUGCCAAACAAGAGGUUGAUAACAACACAGAGCAAAUUGACGACGCAGAGUUGGCACUGCAAGGAAUAAACAUGCUUUUGAACAAUGGCUUUAGAGAGAGCGAUGAGCUGUUUCGAAAAUACAGAAACUACAGUCCCUUGAUGAGUUUUGGCGCCAGCUUUGUGAGCUUCUUGAAUGCCAUGAUGACGUUCGAGGAGGAGAAGAUGCAGCUGGCCUGCGAGCACCUCCGCGGCACCGAGAGGCUGUGCGAGAGCGAGAACGCCGGCGUCAUCGAGACCAUCAAGAACAAGAUCAAGAGGAGUAUGGACUCCCAGAGAUCGGAGCUGGCUGUGGUGGAGCGCCUUCAGAGGCAGAUCAUUGUGGCCGACUGCCAAGUGUAUCUGGCGGUUCUCUCCUUCGUCAAACAGGAGCUGUCUUCGUACAUCAAAGGAGGCUGGAUCCUCCGUAAGGCCUGGAAGAUGUACAACAAGUGCCACAGUGACAUCAGCCAGCUCCAGGAGACCUGCCAGAGGAGGUCCUCCGGCCAGCAGGGGGCCUCGCCCUCCGCCUCCUCAUCCCCCUCGUCCUCGCCUCCGUCCUCCUCCUCCACCGAUCCCCAGGCGCAGAGGCCCCCGGGCGGGGUGAGCGCCGAGGCCCUGGACCGUCUGAAGGGCUCGGUCAGCUUCGGCUACGGGCUCUUCCACCUGUGCAUCUCCAUGGUGCCGCCCCACCUGCUGAAGAUCAUCAACCUGCUGGGUUUCCCCGGGGACCGGCACCAGGGGCUGUCCUCGCUCACGUAUGCCAGUGAAAGUAAGGACAUGAAGGCCCCUCUUGCUACGCUGGCCCUCUUGUGGUACCACACGGUAGUGCAGCCCUUUUUCGCCCUGGAUGGCACCGACACACAGACGGGGCUCCUGGAGGCCAAGGCCAUUCUCCAGAGGAAGGAGGCCGUCUACCCCAACUCCUCCCUCUUCAUGUUCUUCAAAGGCAGAGUACAGCGCCUGGAGUGUGAGAUCAACAGUGCCUUGACUUCUUUCAACAAUGCCUUGGAGCUGGCCACAGACCAGAGAGAGAUCCAGCACGUGUGUCUGUAUGAGAUUGGGUGGUGCAGCAUGAUUGAACUGCGCUUUGCCGACGCCUACAAAGCCUUCGACCGGCUGAGGACAGAGUCUCGCUGGUCCCAGUGCUACUACGCCUACUUGACGGGAGUGUGUCAAGGCGCUGCCGGGGACCUGGAUGGGUCAGCAAAGGUGUUCAAGGACAUCCAGAAGCUCUCCAAGAGGAAAAACAAUCAGAUUGAGCUCUUCUCCAUUAGGAAGGCAGAGCACCUGAGGAAGCAGACUCCCACCAAAGAGCACUGCACGCUGGCUGUGAUCGAGGUGCUGUACCUGUGGAAGGCGCUGGCUAACAGCUCUACCUGCAAGCUUGAGCACAUGAGCCAAGUCCUAAAGGACAUAGAGGAUGCCUCAUGUGCAGGUCUCAAGAAUUUACUUCUUGGAGCCAUACAUAAAUGUCUGGGAAAUGCGAAAGAAGCAAUCCAGUGCUUUCAUCUGGCGGCCAGAGAUGAAGAAGGCCGACUCACUAACUCCUACGUGCAGCCCUACUCCUGCUAUGAGUUAGGAUGUGUACUCCUCGACAACCCUGAGUCUUCAGCAAAGGGCAGGGGUCUUUUACUGCAGGCCAAGGAGGACUAUGCUGGCUAUGAUUUUGAGAACCGCCUCCAUGUGCGCAUCCACUCCGCGCUGGCCUCGAUCAAGGAGGUUGUCCCCCAGUGACCCCUGACCCCAGCCUGACCCCCGCCCCCCCCACCCCGUCCAGUGUGGCUCCUCAGCUCCAUGGAGUUGACCUCCUAGAUGUGACCGCUGUGGAACUCAACACAGCCAUACAGGCACUUAGUGGGCAUGUGCCAAUGCUGAGCGAGUAAUGCAUACUAAUCACCCAAAGGACUGGCAAGUGAACGAUGGACCUCCAUCUUCAAAGAAACUGUGUUGUACAGAUGAACUGUCUGUUUUAUAAGUUGCAGUAGAUUUGCCCAAAUCUCAUUCCCUUGCAAUUUUUAUUUAACAGCUCUGAAUGUUCAUAUAUGUGCCACUAAGUCACUUUAUUUUGCCUUUUAAUAGACUUUAUUUAUUAUCUUUUCCAAAAAAAAAAAAAAUAGCCUGCAUUAUUGCCAGGUGAACUGUAAAGCAAUUUGUUUCACAGGGUUUGCAUUAUUUUUACAGAGAAAAUUAAUGUAAGGGAAUGUUAGCAGAGCACUGUAUUACAUUACAUAUUAUCAGAACGUACACAUCCAGGAGCCUGUGCGUGUGCGCGCGUGUGUGUGUUUCUUUGGCAAAUACGGUAUGAAUUCUGUUGGGGGAAAUGCAUAAUGGAUGGUAGGGAAGCACGAGAAUGUGUACUGUAGGUACGUGUUUUAUUCUAAUGUCUACAAUUUGGGUGUAGUAUCGAUAUAUCAGUGGUGAGUUUCAAAUGUACACAGGAUAAGGAGGUGUGGAGGGAUUUUAUUAACCUCAGGUAAGAGAAAUUUCUUGAAACUGUUCAUAUUUCUAAUCCAUUGUCCUAGUUUGAGAUGAAUGUUAGUCAACAUAAAGGUGGUUGCCUGUACAAAGUUGUAGCGAAAGCCAUUUGCAGGUGUUAAAUUAAUAAUUUGUUGUCUUUUUGUCCAGUGUUCAGAAGAUUUGCUUAAGGGUUUAUUGUGGUAAUGAACAGUGCUGAUAACAUUGUGAAUUUGGUGGGGAAAUGUGGUACAGUACACAAAUAAUGGUGAGUUACAGGCACUAGGCCGAUAAGUCAUGCCAUAAGACUUCUGCUAAAAACUCCAGUAAAGAGCCAUUUAUACAUUGCCAUUAAUCCAACAAAUAGUGUUUACACAUUUCCUAAAUUAGAUAUUCCAUAAAAUGGAUUUUAGGCCUUAGUUGCAGCCAUCAAAACUAAAGACGACAGUUGCGAGACAAUCAUUGUCUUAUCAUGUGAUUGCAUAAUUUACUUUUUGAUUUAUUUGGGCUCCUGAUAUGUUAAUGGGUCAUUAAAGAAAGAUGGGCCUAUGGCUCAAAAUGUAGGCCUACUGUAUGGAUCAAACUCUGGCAAUGUAUGUUUAAGAUUGUUCUCCUGGAAAACUUCCUGUGUCAGUAUCAUCUGUCAAAGACUACUGUUUUAACAAUAAAUUGUUUUUAAAAAG